CCACAGAAAGCUGCCACGUCGGAGGCAGAACAACAACAACUCCGGGCGCCUUGUGUCGCCGCUGAGAAGUCUGUUGCCGGUGACGAAGAAUCCACCAUCUCCGAGAGGGCAGAAGAAGAAGGCGACGCCCUCUACCAGCGGAUCUCUUUUGCUUGUGAGGACCUUCCACCUGGGUCAUGGAACGUGGAGGGCUUUUAUCCGCGUUGUUCGGUCUGCUGGCCCUUCUUGGCCGUGAGUUCUCCCGUCGGUAAGUCGAAUGACGGAGCUCUGCGAUUCGGUGUACAGAUUUGGAAGUUUGCUGGUAAACCUCCUACAGCCCAUCGCGUCACAACCUUUGACGAUCCUGACAGCAGCCCCCACGGUUCGGGACGGAUCAUGUGGUUGCGCCUACUGUCAAAAAACUGGCUAGCGGUGGCUUACGAGACCGGCGUCCUCUGCAUCUGGGACAGUGUAAAAGGUAACUAUUUUUAUUGCCAGUGCUAA